AUGGCGCCCCGCGCCGGGCUCGGGGGCGGCCUCUGCGCCGCCGCCGCGCGCCUCGGGGCCCCCACGGCUGGGGCGUCUGCAGGAUCGAGGGGAGAGGAGCGGUCGACGCCCAACGACCUCUUCCUGGCUCGCGAGGCGCGAGAGACUUCGGGAAACACUCCCCGCCUCGCCGCCUCCGCGAGGAGGCCCCGUUCGCCAGGGCCCCUCGGCGCCGCUGCUCGGGGCGGCGCGCCCGGGCGCGGCGGCGCGGCGGGGGCGCCCGCAGGGGCAGGGCGCGCGGCGCCCGAGGCGCGGCGGGGGCCAGGAGGGCGCGAGCGCAAGCCGGCGCGCCAGCGGCCCCUGCCCUGA